ACAAUUUGAAAUUUUCGUUAAGUAUUAAUGGGAAAAAUAUUGUGGGUGAAUGUCUGUGUGUGGGUGCGCGCGUAUGUGUCUGUGUGAGCCAGUUGUGAUAGACACUAUGCCCAUCGCAGGAGUGUUGUUAGCAGAGAGGGUUUACACGUUGGUGGCUCUUGGCCAGAAGACAGCGCGGUGACGGAGACCUGCCAACCAACCAUUUAAUACCCAGGGGAGAGGCAUUGUGUGGCGUUUGCUCGCCUGUUUGCAUUUGGAUAUUUCUUCUUGUUUGCUUCAAAGUGUUUUCCAUAAAAAUGAGAAAUGACUACCGCGAAAACAGCCCAUUUUGUGAGAUUUUAAAUGCUUUUUUUCAGUAGAACAUGAACUUGCGAGCCGUUCAUAAGUUGCCAACUGGGAACCCCAGCGUAGAGAACGUGAACGCGAGCCCCAAGUAAAAAAAAAAAAUUGAAAACAAUUAAAACCCCAAAAGCGGCUAAAAAACGAAGGUGCAGUGGUGAAACGAAAAUAAAGUGAAAUUUACAUAUGCAUGAAAAUGUCAAAUGAAAUAUGCAUUGAAAUAAAUAGAAGCACAACGAUAUCGAUAAAUAAAAAAAUAAAUACCUUGCCAAUGGCAUGUGCAAAUAAAUAACAAAAUAACACAAAGUUAAGCAGUGAUUAUUUUGAAAUAAAAAAAAAAUAGUUGAAAUCUUUAUGAAAAGCUGCUAACCAACUAUUAUUUGGCAAAGAACCAAGGCACUGGCAGUGAUGACUCCCUAGGCGGCCACGUGAGCGAAAUACGCAAGCCUUGAAACCAAUUAAAUAAAGUAGUUGUAUGCCGGCACAAUUUGGCUGUGCUUCAACAACCCAACGUAAACAUUCCCCGAGAAGUCAAAAGGAGAGCAUAAAAAGUGAACUAUUGAAAUUAAAGUAAGCCCGAGAAAUUGUUGAGGUCAUAGGCUAAGCCACACACUGCUUCAGUGUCCAUUAAGGAAGUGAUAAAAAAAACACCUUUAUUUGCCAUGGCAUAGGCUGGCGUAACCGAAACCCUAAAAACCAACGCAAGAGUAAAGUAAUUUGAAGGCCUUUUAGUCCUGAGCGAAAUACGCAAGCUUAUUCCUACUCUCUGGUCGAAAAUGCAUAACACUCUUGGCCUCAGAGAAAGCUAUAAACCAACUAAAGCAUUAACAAUCAUCAAAAGACUAAGUACCUGCCAUUUAAAAAACGGAAAACGCAUGUGGUGGUAGUGAAUACGAACUACAAUUUGCCAUUUGUUUCGAAAAGCCUUAGCCUAGCAGAAGAGCAAUGUCUUUAAUCGCAAACUGUUGAGUUUUGCCUCAAUUGUCUUGUUAAACGGCUCUAAAGGCCUUUGGUUAAAAGAACAACGUUACUAACACCAACGUAGUGGGCUAUUAUGCCCACCCUCAUCUCGCACAUGCACAUGCAAUGGUGGCCACUGCUCUAUGGCACCAUAGAGGCAACAGCACAGCAGGUGUUUGCAGCGGCGGCUGCCGCAGCCUACACAUCAGAAAUUAUGAUUUCAACAAACACAGAAAUGGUCCAUGGCAAGGCCAUGAUGGAACAACAUGGACGCAACAGACUGCCAGCUACAUCAUUCCUGAGAUAUCGCUCCUCAUCAAACUCCUCCUCCUCCUCCUCAAGCUCCUCUCCAUCCAACACAAACUCGAAUUCAUUUCCUGCAGCCGCUACAACUGCGGCCCCAUUUGCUGCCACAUAUGGUUCGGCCUACAAUUCAAUUGCAACAUCAAUGUCUUCAACGUUAUUAACAACAACAACAGCGACACUGUCAUCAUCAAUGCAAGCGGCGUCAACAUCAACAUCAACAUCGCCAUCGCCAUCGCCAUCGCCAUCAUCAUUAUCAUCAUCCUCAUCGUCAUUAGUGGCCAAUGUGUUGGAGACUUUAACCACAUUCGAGAAUGAUGUGAGCAAUAGUUUAUCACAUUCCCUGGAUGCCUUUGUGGCUGUCACUCCCAUGGCUUUGCUAGGCAAUUUCUCAUGGCCCCCCUCAUCAUCAGCCGCCACAGCGGCAGCAGUAGCAACGGCUUUGAACCCCAACAUUUCCAACACCAUCACGGCGAAUAAUAACAGUCACUUCAUUGCCACCUCGAGUACAACCAUCAUGGGCAAUUCUUCCUUAAAUGCCUCUACCAGUGUUUCCUCAUCCUCCUCUUCCACGGCAGCCAUGAUAAUGACAUCGACGACAUUAGCUCCCUCGGUGGAUUCCUAUUUGGUUGGUAUGGCCUGGCCAAAGGCUUUGGUCGUUGCCAUAUUUAUGCUGCUCAUAUUGGUUACUGUGGUCGGUAAUACUCUUGUGAUUUUAGCCGUUUUGACAACACGUCGUCUGCGCACGGUGACAAAUUGCUUUGUCCUUAAUUUGGCCAUAACCGAUUGGUUGGUGGGCACCUGCGUUAUGCCACCUGCCGUAAUGGUCUAUAUUGUGGGUAGCUGGCGUUUGGGUUGGAUUUUAUGUGAUAUCUGGAUAUCUUUGGAUGUCUUACUCUGUACCGCUUCCAUAUUGAGCUUAUGUGCCAUCAGUUUAGACAGAUAUUUGGCUGUAACACAACCCUUAACGUAUUCCAAAAAUAGACGUACUAAGCGUUUGGCAUUAUUAAUGAUAUUCAUUGUGUGGGUGACGGCUCUCAGUAUUACGUGUCCCCCAUAUUUGGGAUGGUAUGAGCCGGGACGCCGUGUGGAUGGCAAUACGGUUUGUCGCUACAACCAAAAUAAAGGAUAUGUGGUAUUUUCGGCCAUGGGUUCAUUUUUUAUACCACUCGCUGUUAUGCUUUAUGUCUACCUCAAAAUUGGUUAUGUUCUGACAUCCCGUCGUCAAAGGAUUGUGAGAGAUGCGAAUUCUGAGCGUACGGCUGACCAUGACAUCGACUGUGAUAAUUUCCUCUCCGAGUCGGAACAUUUUCAAUGUGGUCCCCAGAAAUUUCCCUCCUUCAAGUCACGUUGGACUGUGGAAAAUGCCACAAAUGGCAGUGCCAAAACCAUCAACAGUAACAGCAAGCAAUCCAGCUUGAAAUGCAGCAAAUGCAGCAAAAACUAUACGGACCCGCAGAGUUUAAAGCACCAGGCUUCGUUCUAUGAAUUAAUGGAGAUUUCAAGGCUUUCCACGCAAAUUCCAUGCCCAUCGAUCAAUUGCAAAUAUGGCGAUGGUAGAUGUACACCAACGAAGGCCUCCAUGAGUUGUGCGCUGGCCGAGGGAAGGGCAGCCACAUUGCCUAUGCAACAAUUGCAUUGUAGCGAUAGUCGUACCUCGUUUUCGGAGACGUGUUUGGCCCAUGCCAUGGCUCAAUCGGCGGCAAAAUAUACAUCUAAUGGACAAGUACCAGAUAAGCAGUUGCAGUCGGCUCAAAUGAAUGUCAAUGCUGGUCAGCUACAGCAUAAUGCCCAUAGUCAAGCACAUCAGCAUCACCACCCUCAUCAUCAUCAUCAUCGUGUGCCCAUGCGAGUUUCGACAACAAAGCGCGAUACUAAAACCGCCAAAACCCUAACCAUGGUCAUGGGCGGAUUCAUUGCAUGUUGGUUGCCAUUUUUUACCUAUUAUCUGCUAAUACCAUUUCUGCCGCCGGCCGCUCUAUUCGAAGGCCUGAUGUCAUUUCUAACCUGGGUCGGCUGGGUGAACUGUGCCAUCAAUCCCUUCAUUUAUGCCUUCUACAAUCCCGACUUUCGCACCGCCUUUUGGCGUUUGACAUGCAAACGUAUUUGCAAGCAAAAGUCACCGCCAAAUCACAUGGCCAUGUUCCGUGGAUAAAGUUGUUGUUCAACAUGCCGUCCGGCAUGCCUUUGUGACUUGACUGCUUUGGCUAGGCAUUAUGGAGCGGUCAUGCACCGCAUGACAAAACGUUGCCGGAAAUUACUACUGCUUGCCUACAUGGCCAAGGUAGUGAGAGACUGGAUGGUAGUUUGAUCGACUGACCGAUGAUGUUGUCGGGAUUCCUUUGCAUCAUCUUGGCAGCCCACCAGCCCUUCGCCAAGCCGAUGUCUCCAGUAGCACCAUGGGCAAAAAUAUAAUCAAAUUUAAUUCACACUAAAGAAGCAUUAACAUGACAUACACUCUUAACUUACCCCAGACAAUGGAUGUUCGAAAGUUUCUAAAGUUCAGAGUCCAAGUUAAAUUGUAAACUACACAUAUGGGUCAUUCCAUGGCAUGGUACUUAACCCUUGCUCGGUUUAUUCCAAACUAUGCUUAGCAAUUUCCCCAAAACAGCCAUAAUUAAAUUAACCACUAUUAUUAGUAAAUAUAUUUAAUUUAAAAUUAUAACUUUAUAUGUAUUACGUGUAAUGAUUUAAUGUAAAUUUCUAGUCCUUUUAAUUGUAGAU